AUGACCGAUAUAUCGCGAUACACUAAGCUGUUGCUAGAACACCCUCCUAAAUUGACCCCCACAGACUUGCACUCGGCGAUUCUUAUCAUUAUCGAAUCGUUGGCUAGCUCAAACAACGCUCUCGAGAUCUACGUACCAAUUGCAAGUUUUCUAAGCUGUCUUAGAACUUCCGGACUCGAUUUAAAGGCCGAGUAUAUAGCCGAAGCUGCUAAAGCCGUUCUGAAGUAUUCGACAGUCGUCGAACUAAAUGCCACUCCCAAUUUAGAAGACACCACAACGAUCGACAUCGUUGGCACUGGAGGCGAUGGACAGAACACUUUCAAUGUAUCCACGUCCUCUGCUAUCGUGGCAGCUGGGAUUCCUGGCAUAAAAGUCUGCAAACACGGUGGCAAAGCCUCCACAUCCAACAGUGGUGCUGGUGAUUUGAUCAAUGUCCUCGGAUGUGACACCUCAAAAAUCAAUAGCCGCACCGUGCCGCAUUUGUGGGACAAUAAUUCGUUCAUCUUCAUGCUAGCGCCCUCUUUUCACGGCGGUAUGAAGCAUGUGGCGUUGUUACGCAGCCUUUUGAAGAUACCUUCCAUAUUCAAUGUGCUAGGACCAUUGCUACACCCUGUUGGAUCGAUACAGAAGCGGGUGUUGGGUGUCUAUUCCAAGAAGUUGGGCCAAGAAUACGCCCGUGCGGCUUCCAUUAUUUACCCCCAAAGUGAGACAUAUGUAGUCUGGGGUCACGUCGGUCUUGAUGAAGUAUCACCCAUAGGUAAGACUACUGUGUGGCAUACCGAUCCACUCAAUAGCUCUCAGAUCACUUCUUUCGAAGUAGAGCCAUCCAUGUUUGGCCUGGAGGAGCACAGCCUACACGAAUGUGUCUCCAUGGGACCCGAAGAAAACGCCAAAUCUUUGAGAACUAUACUGGAAGGUCAUUAUCGUAGAGGCGAAAAUGGCGUUUACGACUACAUUCUACUGAACACAGCAAUGCUCUAUUGUUUAACCAUGAGUAAUCAAGACUGGAAAAGAGGGGUUGAAGUCGCAGAGGAGUCUAUACACUCCGGGCAAGCGCUUAAAGCACUAGACCAUUUUUUGGCGGACACAAAGGCUCUAUAG